AUGUACGACUCUGAGAGUAGUAGUGAUGGCGGUUGGAUCUCUUGGUUCUGUGAUUUAGAGGGUCAUGAUGAGGCCAUGAAAAUGAUACUUAGCAGCGAAAGCCCAGACUCUGAGGACUUGAAUGACUAAGGGUUCUUAGAGAUAUAUCAGUGUGCGAUGGAUCUAUAUGGGCUUAUACACUCUCGCUUUAUUUUAUCACCUAGAGGUUUAGCAAUGAUGAGGGAAAAGUAUUUGCUCGGAACUUUUGGAAGUUGCCAAAGAGUGCUCUGUGAAAGGUAACUAGUACUUCCAAUAGGUCUAUCUGAGGAGUUGUCUACUAGUAGAGUUAAGACUUACUGUCCAAGGUGCCAAGAAGUAUAUGUGCCAAGACAAAAGAAUUUAGAUAUUGAUGGCGCCUAUUUUGGAACAAGUUUCUCUCAUGUUCUUCUCAAGUCCUACCCUGAGUUGUAUCCUAAGGAAGGCCCUGUAACAUAUAUCCCAACAAUAUACGGAUUUAAAAUAUUUGGACAAAAAGGAUCGAGAUAUGAAAUUCAGUAUGAUGUAAUGGGUAAAGUUGUAAAUUAAAAGGAUGUUGACUCAGUAUUAAAAAAGAAAAUAGCCAGUGGAGCUGCAGGAAAUGUCAAUGGCACGAGUAGUGACGCACAAGUUAAUAAAACACCAGCUUACAAAUGA